AUGCCCCGUAUCAUCUACGUGACGUUGGCCAUCGUCUCGAUCUUGUUCAUGGUGGUGGCCAUCACGGGUGUGUCUGCUGUCGGGUGCCAGAUCCCCGGCAACUCGUUGUUCGCUGUGGCGGGGACCAAGAACGGCUUCACUGCCAACCGCGGCGGGGUGGUCCUCGCCAUGCUGGCCAUGCAGCUGCACGUGACGAUCGCGUUCGCCGUGAUCAUCACGCCAGGCUUUUACAUCCUGGAGCGCGUCGUGUUUGGGCUGCACGAACACAACUUUGCGUUGGAGGUCGAGGCCGGCUACGACAAGGUGGAGACCCCGGGCGUUGAGAAGGACGGGGGAGCGCUGGCCGUGGCGAAAGACAUCCGCAUAUCUUUGCAACUUGGUCGAGCGACCGGAUGUCGCCCUCAUGCAUGA